AUGGACGACAUGGACUACGACGACGGCGGCCAUCGCGAUAUGGACGACGACGAGGUCCCGGAAGACGAGAUGGACGACGAAGUGCCAGCGGAAGACCUGUUCGAUGGCGCAGACGAGACGGGCAAUGAAGACAAUAAGCUCCAAGUGCUCGACGAGUCGCACAAACAGCCAAACGCCAAUCGGAUCACGACGCGGUACAUGACAAAGUACGAACGCGCGCGUGUAUUAGGCACACGCGCGUUGCAGAUCUCGAUGAACGCACCAGUGAUGGUGGACAUUGAAGGCGAGACGGACCCGCUCAAGAUCGCUAUGAAAGAGCUGCGGGAACGCAAGAUUCCCAUCAUCAUUCGGCGCUAUCUGCCCGACAAUUCGUUCGAGGACUGGAGCAUCGAUGAGCUUAUCAUUGAAUAG